UUUAACACUUACUCUAUAUAUAAUACUCUGUCUGCUAAUAGACAUGAAACACCUACACUCAUCCUUACUCAUUACAGUUACCAUAUGAUCUUUUCAUACAAACAAGCCAUGGAAAGGAUUAUUAAUGAUACAGUUUCAGAUGGUUUGUAAUCAUGUAUUACAUAUAUUCUACCUUUUAUAUAACCUCUUAUCAUUAAUCAGUCCAUCAUUUCCAUUAAUCAUUGAUCUAUCCAAGCUGUUAGAGAGCAAGAAGGUGGUGUCCACCCUGAAGGGCUUGUAAUGCCAUCUCAGGGCACACAGAGAUACAGACAGACAAGCGUUUGUACUCAGAACAUACUUCAUAGAGUGCCUUUUAGUAAUUAGAACAACAUCUUAUUUGUAUAUCACAUUUAAAACAUGCAUCCCAAAAGGUUGAAUCUGUUGUAGCGUUUUCAGUGGGAGAAACGUUUCGUCACUCAGUGUUUCGUGAGUGAUGAAACGUUUCAAAAAACCUUUAUAAAAUUAUUAGGGAAGUGACACAUGUACUAUAAAUGUAGGUUGACGAUGACAUCACUGGCAGUUAAUUGUUGGUGGAAUAUCAAACACAAUAACGUAAAAAACAUUUGGCAAUAGUGGUCAAACUGACUGACGAAUAGCUGAAGGUUGCAGACUUUUCUGUGACUUAUUGCCCCACAUUUGAACUGGCUUUCAGUGUGUCUGCCCCACAUAGAAACGAAGACAACACAACAACAUAUGUGAACACUUCACAUCAAUAGCUAACAUGUGCUUUUUAAAAAUUUAGAAUAGUAGAACAGAGUGAUCUGUGGUCUUGCCUGUGUACGCAGGUAUACAGCAGGUGAGUGUAUGUGCCUGUUUGAAAUGAUCUAUUGAGUUGUGUGGGUGUGCACUGAGGUGCAAAAGGGGAUUCCACACAGGUGUCUGGUUUUUUAUUUGAUGUUGGUAUAACUCGAUCAUACACAUGCCAUGUGCAGAGGAGGUGUGGUGCGUAAGAUCCUCCCAGGCACUGGGUCUCUAUUUCUCAUUGAGUCUCCACAUGUGUGACAUCAUUGGAGUUUCCCCCUCUAUCGGUGAGAGCCUUUUAAAACAGCCUCUCACAGAUAGCGGCAUCAAACAAGAAGAAGAGGUGGAAGAAGAGGAGGAAAGGCUGCUAAGAAGUGAACUGUACCUGAUAGAAGGCACCCACUAAAAACAAUGGAAGGUGAAUGCAUGGUCACGCUGGAUACAAUGAUCGACAAAGACACAGAGAAACAGGCAACACAGGAAAUCAAGCCCAGGUCAAAGCUAACCAUGGCCCUCCUGGCAUUCACACUUUGCCUCGCUGCUACUGCUGCUGCUGCCCUCGUUGUUAACAGGCGUGCUGAGGCUCCUGGACAAAAUGAGGACAAUUUUGAUCUCCAUCACACUUUGAGGCAAAUAUCAAAUGUGAGAGCAGCUAUUCAUUUGCAAGGAGUACACAACUAUAGUAGAAAGACCUCAGUGGAAUGGCAGAAGGAUGUGGACCAGUCCCACUCUCAGGGAGGACUAGAGCUCGAUAAAAAUGAAAUUGUGAUUCCUCGAGAUGGCCUCUACUUUGUUUACAGCCAAGCAUCUUUCCGGGUUGACUGCAGCAGCGAUGCCGACGAUACCUCCUCACACCCCAUGGUCCACCUGAGCCACACUGUCAAACGCUGGUCUCGCUCAUAUGCACCUAAAUAUGUGACCAUUCUCCACUCUAUCCGUACAGUCUGCCAAAAGACAACCAGUGGGGAUUCAGAUGAGGAUGGGAACUGGUACACUGCAGUUUACAUGGGGGCUGUGUUCAACUUGUAUGCUCAUGACAGACUGAGAACACAGACAGAGGAGGCAAUGCUGGAGAAAUUGGAGGAUGAGCCAGGGAAGAACUUCUUUGGUGUUUUUGCCUUGUGAGGAGAGGUGUCUGAUGAAUGUAGGUGAAAAGGUGACCUCAGACUCCAUUUCUCCACCAUGACCUGCUGUCCUUCUGGAAGGCUUUUAACUAUUGAAUGUGAGGAAACCACAGAUGGUUCACAUUGCACUAAAGAGGUGAUGGAAAAUGUACUUUAACCAUCAGCCAUACUUGAAAUAUUUGUAUCAGCAAGUCAUUUCAUUUUUGUAAGUAAAUCAAACUAUUGUAACUACAGCAGUCAACCAAAGAGUGCUACCAUGUCACUACAGGCUGACAGAAUAGAAAAACAAAGGGUUUACUUUUUGGGGAAUUUAUUUAUUUAACAUAUCUUUGUCGUAUUUAUUUUAUUUGUUGUAUUUAUUUAUUUAUUUAUUGAAAUAUUGAAAUACUUAUAUAUUUAUUAAUUUUAUUGUGUGUUUUAUAAUGAAUGUCCUACUGUAUUUGUGCUGAUUUUUAUGUAUGAAACUAUUUGUUUCGUUUUAUGGCAAGUACAAACAAAUGUCUAAGAAUUUAUAGUGCCUGUGGUACUCUGAAAUAUUUGAAUAAAACUCAGCUUAUAAAGAAAUCAUGUUUGCAAGAGCUGUGUUUAUCAUUUUACAAACCAGACAAAAAGAAAAGAUAUCAAACAUGCUACAGGGUCAAACUAAACAGAGCAAACAAAUGAGCCACAACGGCUAAAGAAAGCUCAAAUUAUUGCUAGUGUGUGCGAUGGGACAAUUAAUUAACACACGGUAGUAACCACAGAGCACAGUGUGUCCUCUUUUUGUGUGCAGCGAAACAGUCAUGGAAGUGGAGGAGUUUAACAGUUACUUCAUCGAGAUGAACCCAAAUUUAUCAUGCUUGCUAAAUACUGAGAUAUUUGUCUCUAUGACACCAUUAUUGAAAUGUAUAUGUUACCUUUCAACUGCAUGCACACUAAAAGAAUACUUUAUAAUACUUGCAAAUGAAGUAAAAUUAAAUGUGCAACUUAUUUUCAUGUAAUCACCCUCCCAGUGUCCUGCCUCCAGUCAGUGAAAUGGAAAUGGGGGAAAUACAGUUAGGUCCAUAAAUAUUUCACAGAGACACCUUUUUCCCCUCAUUUUGGUUCUGUACAUUACUACAAUCAAUUUUAAAUGAAAGAACAACAACUCAGAUGCGGUUGAAGUUCAUACAGCUUUAGCUUGGUGGGCUGAACAAAAAGGUUGCACACAGUGAUCGAGAAACCUCUAGCAAAUAACAUCCUAUAUAUUUAAAGUGAAUUUAAUUUCAUUUGUGCUUUUAAAAAGGAGAACCACGUUUCACUCUAAAUUGUCACUGUCUGCAGGAUUUGAUACCAUUACACAUCUUAGUACUUAUAACAGAGAAUUCAUUUUUACUGGGUCGCUCUAAAGAGCUCCAAGUGUGGUCCUGUAAUGAAUGCCACAAGUCAGUUUGUAAGAUAUUCCACAAUCAACUGUUAGUAGUAUUAUUGCAAAGUGGAAGAACUACAGCAACUAGGCCACAAAGUGGCAGACCAUGUAACAUUACAGAACUGCGUUGCUGACACAAUAAAUGCAGUUUCAAAUCCCUCGUGUACGGAACCUGGUUUA